AUGGCAGAUCAGAAUGGAGACGAGAGCAGUCACGUGGACGAGCUCUCUGACCAUGUGCUCUUUCAGAUCCUCAAUGAGAGUGCUCUGAACUCUUCGCGCUCGACGCCACCUGAGGGUGACGAAAGAAACGAUAUACAUUACCAGGGCCAAGGAGAGUCAUCUCCAGGUUUAGGACAGCUACCAAAAGUAGAACAAGUGUCAAGUCUGAGGCAGGCCAACCUAUCUCAACCACCCGUCAAUCUCACAGGGCCCGGGGCCCCUGGUAAGAAGCCUAGCUUGGGUCUCCUUAGUUUAGGACGGCCAACGAUAAAGGUUGAAAACAACGGGCCAGACGAGAGGCCACUAACAGAAGGCAGAAAAAAGGCAAGUGUGGUGAUCCCGCCUUAUGCUGAGGUGAGGUCCCAUUCUGCGAUGGGGUUCAUCGAGGCAACUUCAUGCGGACGGCCGGCGGAGGUGCCAAAGAAAGCACCACCCUUGACCCUCCCGUUCGUCAUGAACAAAAAGCAGAAGGCCGCCCUCAGCCUUCGCUCCGGCCACUUUGUCCAGAAAGACCUCCCCCUCAUACUCACCGUCCUCAAAGAAGACCUGGAAAAGCGGCCGAAAUACGACCCUCCCCCCCAAACCAAGAGCCCCAAACACGCCCCCCUCAGCGAAAGCUCCGGAAAACGCCCCCGGGGGGGUCGGAAAGGCUCGCUGAGUGGCCCCCUGAGCCGCUCCGAGCCGCACUUCGCCGCGCGCAACCCGAACGGGGGGGCGCUGCCGCUGAUAAAGAUCACCCCCGACUUGGAGGCGAAGCUGAAAGAGCGGCGGAGCCAGCAGGAAGCGAAAGUGUACGCCCUGUUGCAUGAUCAGCAGUUGGAAAGUUCGAUUGAGACUGUGCACGCUUUGGGGGGGGAGCUGAACACGUGGCUCGCGAUGGGCCAGGCGAGGGAAGCGCAUUUGGAGCGCCUGGGAAUGCGGUGGCAGGCGCAGAGGGACGGGCUGAGCUCUGAGGCGGAGAAGAAGGAGACGUUCUCGGAGGAGAUUGAGUUGCUGAGCGCGCAACUAGAGGAGUGCGCGUUGCGCAAGGAGGCGGUGCUGGUGGACAAGGUGGGGCUGCACGUCAUGAUGCGCCGCCUGCACGACAGCAUGCGGACGGACGUCUCCACGCUGGGAAGCAUCCGAGCAAGAUUCCAGAAGCUCUCGGGAUCCUGCCUCGGGCUCAUCGAAGACAUCAAGCGGAGCCACGUGCAAAAGGAGCAAGCGGAGGCCGACGCGGCCGCGAUACGCGCGCGCAUAAUCGAUGCACGGCUGGACCAGGAGGAAAUGCUUGCGGAAGAGCGCGCGCGCAUUGAAACACAGAGGAAGCUCCUGGCCGACAAAGUGGCGACCGAGACGCGCCGCCGCACGCGCGCACAGGAGGCGCGCGAGGAGAGCCUGGUCGCCGCGAAGGACGCCGCGAUCAAGACCACCCAGGCGGUCUUCGCGAACGAGCUCGCGAAGGGCCAGACCAAGAUCCAGCUGAUCAAGAUGAGCGCCGCGUUCCAGCGCAUCGUGGACGCAACGGGGCUCAGGGACGUGACCGAGCUGGUGAACCACUUUAAGGAUCCCAAGGAGCGCGUCGAGAAGUGGAAAGCGGAAAAGGAGAGAGCGGAAGAGCGGAUCGCCGCGCUCAAGACGGAGUUCGCUGCCCUUAAGGUGGUGCUGGGAGACUUCGAACUAGAGGGGUACAGUGCACGGCUUCGAUGGAAAGAAUUCGACGCGCUCGAGUCGAAGCAGCUGGCCAGCGAGCUGUCGUACCUGCGCAUGCGCGAGGGCGUCGAAUCCAUCCGAUACCGCGUCCAAGAGGUGCAAGCGUCGCUUGAGAUCGUCGCCAAUUCCGCCGGAAUCAGCCUCAGCGGAGUCGACUUCUUCACCGGAAAGUCCGUCGAGCCGUCGCCCAUCGCCAAGCCCCUCGACUUGCGGCCGACCGCGCUCAGCGCGGAAAUGUUCGGCCUGCCGCCCGGGCAAGCGUUUCACCGCAUGAUCGCGGCCGCGCUCGCGACCACCGACGGCGCGGCGCGCCUCCUCGGCGGCGAGGGUUUGGACAACCUGGACUCUGCAUCGAGCCACGAGGACUCGAAGAAGACGUUGCGCCGUAUGAAGAGCGACGUCGGGUCCGGGCUCGUCUACGUUCCGGGCCCGAUGAGCGGAAUUCCGCCGGACACCGCGGUCGACAUCACGAGAGUCCUCCGGCUUCUGCAGCUGAAACUAGAGCGGCUACUUGAGGUCGCGGGGCAGCUGGAGCACGUGCCCGUCGACCCAGGCCUGGGCGCGAGCGCGACGCGCGCGCUCGCGCGCAAGAAGGACGCGCGCGCUUCCGAGUUCCACCGGCUGAUGGAAGCUCUAGAGUGGAUCCCGCCCUCGGAGAGGCUGCCGGAGAAGCCUAAAGAUCCUAAAGAGGCGAUCGACAAGGCGGCCAUGACGGCAGCCGUGUGCAACUACAUAGCCGCUGGAAUCGCGGCCGCUGCCAUCCUGCCUCUCCCGCGCGCGCAGCUCGAGAAGUUCGCCGCGCGCGUCUGCACCGAGUCGCAAGUGGACGGACCACUGCACUACCCGCCUUUCAACCACCGCCUCUACGAGGCCGCCUCCAAAAGUUUUAGCGGAAAACAGGCCGCCGAGAAGCCGGACGACUUCGGAAGCAGCGCAUGGGCCGCGCGCGUUCUCCUCGAAGAGAUGAGAGCGGACAUCAAGCUGAGCCGGUCAAUGGGAGACGGCCACGUGGAGACCGCGCGGCGUUCCGCUGGCAAAGCCUCGAAGGACCUGCGGAAUUCCGGCGGGCUGAGUAGGAGCGGAAGCGGCGAGUACUCGGCAGCGGUGGCGCUCGCCGAAAGAGAGACGGCGGCCCGUUCCGCCGAGAGUUCGCUGAGCACGACCGGAACGGCUGCCGUUCCGGCCGCGAUGGCGGAACCCAAGAGGCGGGCCAACCGGGGGGCGCCGGAAACAAUCGAGGAGGGGGACGAAGAGGGAGCGGGAGCGGAAGAUGCGCGCGCGGUUUGGCUCGCCGCCAAACGAAAGGUGCUUGUCUCCCCGGUGGUACUUUUGGUACCCGGUCCGGGGGGGCCGGUACCGCCGGUUCCCCAGAGCCCUUCUUCUGGGCCGCAAAACGGAUUCCCCGGGCUUCGGCCUCAGUCUCCAAACAACGACAGAGUGUCGCAGGAUGUGAACGCGGAGGGCGGGGAGACGUCUUCAAAUUCGGAGCAGGAGGGGAACCCCCCGGAAGAAGAAGACACGUCGAUUGUCGGGGCGAGGAGUGAUCUCGUAGUUUUCAAGAAGCAAAACAUUUUGCACCGCGCGCGACGACUGACACUCAUCGAGGGCGACCUGGAAGAGGCGGAACGGAAGCGGAGAGCGGAGGAGCGGUACCGGAAAAUGCUGCGAUCUAUACCGGGCCUGGAGGAACUAGAUCGGGAUGGCCUGAAGCUGGUCGGGGUAGCGGCCCCGGGCGCGGGGGGAGCGACCGGAAGAAAGUCAGAGGGUGAGCCAUCGGAGGGGGAGGAGAAAUCGUCAGAAAAGCCGCACGUGCGGUGGACGUAG